AUGUCGUCACAUAAACCAGCAGUGAUCGUGGCCUAUGGCGCGUGGCAUGAACCAGCUCAUUUCGAGCCCCUCGCCAAAGUCCUUCGCUCCAAGGGCUACAAAGUCAUAACUGUCUGGUUACCGAGUGUGCAUUACGAGAAGCUGAACCAACCGGUGCCUAAAGGUCUGGUAGAGGACGUCGAGGCUAUCCGAGGACCCGCCCUGUCCGAGCUCAACAGCAAUCCGGAUACCGACGUCCUCAUCUUGGGACAUUCAUCCGGCUCCCUGCCCGGCUCCGUGGCGUAUCAGGGGCUCGACAAGGAUGCGCGUCGUUCAGCGGGUUAUAGCAACGGGAUUCAUGAUGUGCCUGUCGACGAGGCGCAGAGAUGGGCGUCGAUGCUCAAACCUUUUGUCUUUGACGCAAAUCUGGCCCCAGUGCCGUACGCGGGAUAUCUUGUCGUGCCGACCUAUUUUCUCCUGUGCGAAGACGAUCGUGCGCUGGGCCCGGAUAUUCAGAGGUACAUUGUGAACGAGGCGAAUAAGGAGAUGCCGGAAGGGAAAGAGGUUAUAGUCACGAGUAUACAGAGCGGGCAUAGUCCUUUCUUGAGCCGAGUCGACGAGAUGGCGGACUGGGUGAGACGAUGUGCAGGAGAGGAAUUCUGA